AUGAACGUCACCUCCCUCACCGCCCAACCUCGUCACUACACUGGCCAACCUCCCUCCGUCGACGCCUCCCAUCCCGCCACCGAUGUUGGCUCUGCCGGUAACGGCAGUGACAUGCAUGUUGACCAAGACGCUGAUGGUGAACACGACAUGGAACUUGACAACACCCCUCCCCUUCAUCAACACCUCGCUGGAUACGCCGACUCCGACGCCGAUGCCGACGCUGACUAUGACGACGAUGAUGGCCAAGCCGAAGACGAACUUAUGCCAGCAACCGCAGUAUCAACAGUGCCCCCACCUUCCUUAUCAUCGACUCCGUACCAAAAUGGCGCUGCUGUUCGUGCUCAACGUCUCGACUUAAGCAACGCAAAUCCUCAGCUUUAUGGGCUUCGACGAUCGAGCAGGGGUAGGGAAACGCCUGAUUAUGAUGAAGAGGUAGCAUCGUCAGAAUCAGAAGGGGGUGGAGACGAGUAUACAGGUUCGAAAAAACCUUCGACUCAACCUAGGAAGAAAAAGCCUUCUCAUCCCAAAGCGCCCACUGCAACAGCAAGCGCGGCACAGACAGGCGGUGAAUCAUCAGACGACUACGGUGUCCCACCUCGCAAGCGUCGCCGUCCACCACCCUCAGGAAACAGUUCUGAUGUCCGGGUUUCCUCAAGGGGUCAGAGGAUUCCCAACUAUGCGGAAGAUGGGGGUUUCCGAAGUGAGGACUAUGAGGACGACGGCACUCCUAAUGGUACCGCAGCACCUCAAUACGACGCCAAUGGACAGCCAAUUUACGAAGACCAGGAUGAAAUAGAUGGUGUCUUUGGACACUCAAGAGACGAAGAUCAUAUCAAUGAUCCUGAGGAUCUUCCUUCUGUGAACAUGCGCUUCCACAUCAAAUGGAAGAAUUUUUCGCAUCUGCACAACACCGAUGAAACUUACGAGUUCCUCAAGCGCUAUAAAGGGAUGAAGCGCGUCGACAACUACAUCAAGACUGUCUGGGCUGCCGAACGUGCCACUCUCGUUCGUACCGACAUUUCUCGCGAAGAACUUGAAGCCUUCCAGAUCGACAAAGAACGACGUCAGGAGUGGCUCGAGGGGUGUAAGAUUGUUGAACGUGCCAUUGAUUCAAGAGAGAAUGCAGCGAGCGGGACGGAGUACUUUGUGAAGUGGAGAACACUCCCAUACUGUGACUGUACUUGGGAGACCCAGGAUGACAUACGAAGGAUCGCCAAAGUCGAAAUCGAUCAAUACCACGCUCGUGAGCGCGCUGCCCUCGUACCUUAUCGUUCCGCGACCUUCCCCAGUGGUCAACGCCCUCACUGCCCCGUUAUGAAGCACCAGCCCAUUUAUCUUGGCAAGUCAUCGUACGACUAUCCCAAUGGCGAGAUUCCAGAUGUCGCCCACGGCCAGGAUGGCCACCCUGAAGAUGAGGAAUCUGGUCCCCAGCUCAAAGAUUUUCAGCUCACCGGCCUGAACUGGCUGGCAUAUUGCUGGAGUCGAAGGGAAAAUGGGAUCUUGGCCGACGAGAUGGGUUUGGGCAAGACUGUCCAAUCGGUAUCGUUCCUCUCUUAUCUCAUGCACACUCAUCAUCAGUAUGGACCGUUCCUCGUCGUCGUUCCUCUCUCGACCCUCCCAGCCUGGCAGGCUCAGUUCAAAGUUUGGGCCCCAGAUAUGAACGCCAUUCCCUAUAUCGGCAAUGGAAAAUCCCGCGAAGUGAUCCGGGCUUACGAAUUUGGUGCAGCGAAGAAACUCAAGUUUAACGUUUUGCUGACUACGUAUGAGUACAUCCUCAAGGACAAAGCGGAGCUGGGGAGCAUUAAGUGGCAGGCGCUGAUGGUAGAUGAGGCACAUCGGCUGAAGAACAGCGAGAGCCAGCUCUACGAAGCUCUUAGCAGCUUCACAGCUUACUUUAAGGUUCUCAUUACGGGCACGCCGCUGCAAAAUAACGUGAAAGGCAUGGCACCAUCAUCAUCACCAUAUAUCUUCUCUUACGCUUGUGCAGAGUUACUGGCGCUGAUGCAUUUCCUCAUGCCGGAAAGAUUCCCGCUCACGAACGAUUUCGACCUUUCCGAUAUCGAUCAAGAGGCGAAGAUCAAGGAUUUGCAUGAGAAACUGAAAGGGAUGAUGUUGCGGCGCUUGAAGCGAGACGUGAUCAAGUCGUUGCCUACGAAGAGUGAACGAAUCUUGCGUGUUGAGAUGAGUGCGAUGCAGACGCAUUAUUACAAGAACAUCCUGACUAGAAAUUUCCAAGCGUUGAGCAAGGCGACCAACGGGCAAAACGCUCACAUCAGCCUGCUUAACAUUGCGAUGGAAUUGAAGAAAGCCGCGAACCACCCUUAUCUCUUCGAUGGUGCCGAAGUCCGUACUGAUUCUCCGGAGGAGCAACUCAAGGGCCUCGUCAUGUCCUCCGGCAAGAUGGUGCUCCUCGAUAAACUCCUCCAUAGAUUGCAACAAGACGGCCAUCGCGUUCUCAUCUUCAGCCAAAUGGUCCGAUUACUCGAUAUCAUGUCUGACUACAUGACCUUCCGGACUGUUCCGUCUGAGAUUCGCCGAAAGUCGAUCGAGCACUUCAAUGCACCGAACUCACCUGACUUCGCGUUUUUGCUGUCCACCCGUGCUGGUGGCCUCGGUAUCAACCUUGAAACAGCUGAUACAGUCAUCAUUUUUGACUCCGACUGGAACCCUCAGAAUGACCUCCAAGCUAUGGCUCGUGCCCAUCGUAUCGGGCAGAAGUCGCAUGUUAGUGUGUAUCGCUUCGUCAGCAAGGAUACGAUGGAAGAGGAUGUCCUUGAGCGAGCGAAACGGAAGAUGGUUCUGGAAUAUGCUAUUAUCAACCAAAUGGAUACCUCGGGAGAUAACUUCAACCCGAAGAAGACUACGAAGCCAUCACCUGACUUCAGCAAGGAAGAACUGUCAGCCAUAUUGAAAUACGGCGCGCAAAACAUGUUCAAAACUGAUGAUAACGAACUGAAUAAAAACCUCGCUGAAAUGGAUCUCGAUGACAUUCUUAACCGUGCCGAAGAACAUGAGACUAUCGGGGCUGCAAACUCCGGGGGGGCGUCGAUGGACAUGAAUUGGGACGAGAUCAUUCCUCUAGAAGAGCGUUUGAAAGUUGAGCAAGAAGAAGCCGAGGAGAAGGCAAAGCAGGACGCGCUCGAUACUUCUCAGAGCCGAAAGAGGGCUGCGGCACAGAUCCAGCCUGGCGCCUAUGAGGGUAUGGAUGCCAUCGAGCCUUCUGCAGCUAGUGCGCCGAAGAAAGCCAAAGGACCUGCACCCCCCAGGAAAACUGCUGCGCAACGGGCCGUCGAACUUAAGGAACGCGAUCUUCGCGUUCUCGUUCGGAGUUUGCAACGAUGGGGUGACAUCCGUCUCCGCUAUGAUGAGAUUGCCAAGGAAGCAAAGCUCGAGGACAAGAAUCGCCAAGUUAUCAUCGACACUUGCGACGAGAUCAUUGAGACUUGCGAACGGGCUCUGAAGGAGCAUCGGGAUGCGAAGGCUAGAGCACAAAACGAAGGCGUCAUCGGGCCAAAGUCGAAGGCGGUCCUCGUCAACUUCCGCAACGUCAGCAGUAUCAAUGCUGAGACUGUUGUCUCUCGAUUCCACGAACUCCGGAUUCUGAUCAAUAACCUCCAGGGCUUGAGCGACAUUCACUCAUGGAGAUUGCCUACGGAAUCAAUCCGUCCGACACUCAAUUGGACCUGCAAAUGGGGUCCUUACGAGGAUGCGAUGCUUCUCGUAGGUGCAUACAAGCACGGAUUUGGUAACUGGGAGAAGAUUCAGGACGACCCUGAGUUGGGGCUCGCCGGCAAGUUUUUCCUUGAAGAAGGGAAGAAGAACGAAGACCCCAGCACGCAAAAUGGAAAGCCUAUCCCCAAUGCCAUUCAUCUCGUUCGAAGAGGGGACUAUCUACUUGGUGUUCUUCGGGAGCAUGAGGAGAAGAUCAAGUUGAUCACGUCGAAUCUUAAAACAAAACGAGACUUCACUGGACGAUAUUCCUCUUCACCUGCGCCAACUGGCAGCUCGUCGAAACGACGUGCACAGAGCCCUGCAGGUAGUCUUCGCUCAGAUGAGGGGACUUCGCAUAAGAAGAAGCGACGCGCUACACCCGAAUUCACCGAUUCGUCAGACGACUGCCCAUCUAUGGAUGAAGCUCAGACUAAAGAGGAGCUCCGGCCAGUGAAAAAGCAACUCAAAAACUUGAAAGCACCGACGGAGUCGCUAAGCAGAGAAGCUAAGGUUGCUCUUCUCAAGGACUCGCUUUCGGCCAUUGGGGCUCGUAUUGAAACUGUUGUUGCACAAAAGAACGCCAAGGGAGAAGAUGGUGAGAAGUGGCGCAAACAUUUGUGGAUUUUUGUAACCCUAUUCUGGCCUCGUGAGGUUAAGCAUACCAAGCUGCAAGCCAUUCACGCGAAGAUUACUGGCUCGCAGCCUCCAAAAUAG